UUUCUUCGGAAUCUCUCUUCCUCGAUUUUAGCUAAACCAAGUCAUGUGACCGAGACUGCUCAUUUGAUUGGCUAUGGUAUUGCGAUGUCAGGAGCCGUGGUCCAAUCACUGACGUUCAUCAUGGUCCGUCGCGUGGCAGGCUCAGUCAGUUUCUACACCAAUGUGUUUUACUUUGGUUGGUGUAGCGCGCUGCUUUCUGGGAUGGCCAUGUUCGCAUUUCAAAAACCUGUUAUUCCGGAAUGCGGGGCAACAAGGUGGUUUCUUAUUGGUGUUGGUAAGAAAUACAUAAUCAGUGGGCUUACGCAACAGCACGGCAGAAAGAAAGGGACGGUAAAACGUUUGUGUGUGAAACAAACGUGACAGGGCUAUUACUUGCGUGUUUUGUCGAGAUCUUCACUUAACAUUAGUGUGUUGUGGUCCUCUAAAAAAAGAUCUGUGUGAAACAACUGAAAGUGAAGUUUGGCAUAUUUUUUUUCAUCAUAAUUAUUAUCACACUUGUCUCACACCGUUUGCCUUCUUCUUUCAUCUGCCGCCCUACUGCGUAAGCUCACUUAAAUAUGAAUCGAAAGUCGAUCGCUUUCUUUAUUUCUGAACAUAGACUUUCGCUGUCAGUUUUUGUUAGAAUCAAGUUGGACUUACACAAUGAUCGAACUCAAAAGGCUCGUAAAUUAUCAAAAACGUGAAGCAUUUUUAUUCACGAGAUUUCUGAAUUACUUCUAAAAUGUAUGAGCGCGAGAGGUGAUUUUUUAUAGGUUUACAGGCAAAGCCUCGUUCACACGAAAAGCCUGUUAGAUAACCCACCCCUAAGUUAUGAUAAAUUUGUUCACUGCAGAGCACCCUUAAAUCAUCCUUGGGAACAAAAACGUUAAAAACUGGCGGUGCCGUGCCAGGAGUGGAAACAAAGAACUUAAGUAUUAAUAAAACCACUGCAGAUCUACGUCUUGUUUAAAAAAUCUGACCGUGAAAACUCUUUCACUAUUAAAAUAUGAAAGUGUCUUUCGCGAUCAUUUUAUAAAUGGCGUUUCGCUCAUUCGUUCUGUUUUCUUGCAGCUCUGUGCGGUGUGUUUGGAAGCUUGUGUUUGAAUCGCGGUUUGCAACUUGAAAAAGCAGCUCCAGCGUCACUAAUGCGCAAUGUGGAUAUUCUAUUGGCCUUUGUGUUUGAUUACGCCAUAUUUGGUCAACAGCCUCGAGUCCUGACUCUGCUGGGGGGACUAUUGGUGAUGUUGUCAACAGGUGGAGUGGCACUGGCCAAAUGGUGGCGGUCACGUGACAGUCUGUAA